UUCUUUGUUUGGAAAACAAGAACGAAAAAUAAGAAAGAAAAUGACAUCCGAAAGAACUGGAUGAGAAACCGGAAGUGAAAAUGUUUCCAAGGGAUUUUUCUUCCGGUUAUGUACGACUAAUAAGCUGGGUGUUUUCUUGAGUUGUAUUGUCGAUGCUUUCAAAAUGGCGGCAAGUCCAGGUGGUAAGRACUACACAGUCAUACAAAUGACAGGCCAAACCACUAAAGAUUCAAAUAAUCAAGGAAAUGAGCAAAAGGAGUCUAAGACGAAGGCCCUGGAAAGACCUUUCGAUGAAGAUUUUUGGAAUAAGGUCCAAGCAAAAUUUAAAGAAAAUGUUCCAUGGAACACUGCAAUGGAUGAAGUUCGCACUGAACGUUUGGUUGAAGAACAUCAAGAAUCCACACUGAAAAUACUCAUUCGUGAUUGGCCAAGAAGCAAGGGAUAUGCUGGUAAACCAGAACUGAUUUCAAGUUUAGAACAUCAGAUAAACCGUUUUGUGGAAAUUAUUCUUGAUCGAGACAAAGUGCGCAAACCGAAGCCACRUUAUAAAUUUUACAGAGUGGAUGAGGAUGAAGAUCCUUAUCGCCCAACAAUUUUACACCUUGCUGCUGAAAAAGGCUUUGAAAAAAUAUCAAAAACCAUCGUGGAACACUACCCUGGGCUUUUAUAUCUAAAUACUGAAGAGCAUGAUGGAAAGAGGGAACUCCUACCAGUCGAGGUGGCGCUGUUAGGAUUUAAAGAUGAAACUGCAGCCUUUCUUAUUGGACAAAUGAAAAAUGAAUGGAUUCAUGACCUAUUCCUCUGUAAAAAUGGGGAAAAUAAAGCUGACUUCGAAUUCGGUGAAUAUAUUCAACAUCCAAAUAUGAAGAAAACAGUCGUUGCUGUACUGGAUCGCCUCAUUAGCCCACAUUGGCCGUAUCUUCCAGUAGCAAAGAAAGGGAGCUCUAAAAAGGAGGAAAGAGGCAUCGAAUUAGCAUGGAGUAGUGUCCCAGACGAUCCCAUGAACUACCAUUUCUUUUAUCAUUUGCUUGACGCUGAUGAGAGUGGACAACUACCAAACACGGGGGAACUAAGGAAUCCUAACUUCUCUCUACAUGGAAAGUCUAAUCUGUAUUAUAUCGCUAACAGCAAAAACAAGGAAGCUAUCCAACACCCUGUUGUUAGGAUGCUUGUCAUGAGAAAGUGGCGAAAAUUUGCUCGUUGGUGGUUUAGCAUUCAAGCCCUGUUCUACUUGUUUUUCCUGACUGUGAUGUCCUACGCCUUAAUCUUUGGUUCUACCCGUUCUAAUCCCUCCAAGUACAACGGCUCGGCUGACGGACUGAGGGCAUUUUGCGAAAUCAUGACCAUUCUUUUGCUAAUGUUUUACGUCAUAGAGGAAUGUUUUCAAGCAAAUAACGAAGGACUAAGCCGGUACUGGAAAGACCCUUACAACUACUUUGACUGGCUUGGUCUUGUGCUAACCUUCCUUGUCAUCCCUUUACGUUUUGUUAACUCCGACAUCCAGUGGACGUUAGGCGCCCUUGGAUUUCUUUUCAACUUUCUGAGAGUUUUCAAGUUUUCUUGCGUCACAAGGACCACUGGUCUUUACACCAAGACUCUUGCUAAGAUCGUUUACCGUGACAUGACAAGAUUCAUGAUAGUGUUUGUGGUGAUAUUCCUGGCGUUCUGUGGUUCACUGUACAUCUCGUUAAGAGCUAUGAACUCUCAGUCACUGCUUAGUGGUUUUGAUCAAGUAUUGCUUGCUGGGAUGCGAGCGUUGGUCGAGCAAAACCCGGUCGAUGAUGACUACUCGAAGUUUAAAUGGUUAUCUGUCAUACUUAUUCUGGCCUACAUGGCGAUGGUGAUCGUGAUCCUGCUAAACAUCUUGAUUGCGCAGCUCAGCUACACCUACGCCGAGGCAAAGAAAAUGGCGAAGCUUCAGUACGACAUUGAUCGCGUGCUUAUCGUCACUCGCCUCGAGCACAGUAGAUUCUCAAGAUUCAAUCUUCGCGUCAAACACUACAGUCUUGGUGAUUGGAUCGGCGAAGUUAAAUUAGCCAAAGAACUUCUGGAGUACAGCGAAGACAGUUAUCCUUGGGAAAGCAUCGAAGAGAAGCUUAACCAGAUAAGAGAAAUGAUGCGAAAAGUUAUCAAGCGCCUUCCAGUUCCUGACAGCGAAGAUUAAACUGGGACAACAAAUCAGUUCCGUCCGCCCGUCCGUCCGUCGGUCCGUCCAUCCGAUCGUCCGGCCGCCAGGACUGAAGGCAGGCAAAUCAGUGUUAGUAUUCUUUGUGGGACAUAUCUUAUAGGUAUUUCGUAUUUUUUAAUUACAGGUAGUUAGCUUUUGGCAUUUUUAUGGUUAAGACUUAAAAAUGCAUUAAUACCUAUAUUUCUAGAUGAAAGCGUCUUUGACGCCUAUAAAAAUUAGCGUAACCUUUAAUUAAUAUUUGUAAUUUUUACUGUUUUAUUAGUUUAUUAGAAUAAAUAGUUAAUGCAGCAUGUAUAAUCUUAAAAGGAAGAACUCACGGUUGAAGUUUAAGGGUCCAUUUACCUCGUGAAACAAAUCUUAGUUUAGAAAAUAAUCGGAUACUAAUUCUAUU